UGACAAUAGUUUUGCUUUUUUAUUAGGCGGUGCCUUAUUUUGUCCACGUUUAUGAAAACAUAAGUACAGGGUGCGGUGUAUUCAAACAGAUACAUAUCUUGGAUAGAUGUUUGUGUUCCAGUUUCACAUUUAGUUUCUUCACUCUAAUCACUAACUGUCAACUAUUAAAAAACGCCUUCAAGACGAUUACUAAUAAUGAACUGCAGGAUCGUUGAGGGAAUGAUUUGCACUGCAAUUGAUUCAGAAGUGAACUGUCCGUGUGAUGAAUGCAAAAAGAGACAUUUUUCUAAUGGGAUUUCUUUCUUCUUCCUGAAAGAUAAAUUCUGGGUCGAAACUGUUUCUGAAGAAGAGUUGUUUCUAAGAUUAAAGACUCUUAAUCCACAGUUUGAAUUUCAGCGUGAUACCCUCCGCCACACUAUUCGUGAUUGUUUUGAUUUUGGAAAAGUGGUAGCUGAUAUCCAGGUUUGCACAGACAUAUGUAGUGUUUCUUUUCAGUACACCUUUGGAGAAUCUGUAAUAAAUUGGACUAGUGAUGCUGUUGUUCCUGUUUCUUCUGUGUUGCAUUAUCAUGUUGUUUUGCCACUUUCAUUUGCACUAGAAUCACUUUGUAAAAAGCAAGAUUUACUCAAUAACAAGUUAUUGGCUCUAAAUCAUCAUGCAAAUCGGCUUCAUGAAAAACUAAUGCUUCCAAUGGGUGAGGAUAUGAAAAAAGAAGACGUGGAUCUGGAUUUUAGUUAUUCAUAUAACUUUUCAACAGGCUUACUUUCUUCGUCCUCUACUCAACAUCUUUUUUGUGAGGCAUCUAAACAUUUAUUCACUUCUAAAAUUCAAAAUAUGUAUGUUUCUCCGAUACAACAGAAACAGCCUACACGUGGGAUAAUAUCAAGUAAUUCAAACACCAAAGAUGUUCAGGAUAUCCACUGGGUUUCCUGAAGAAACACUUGCGCGUAAAAAACAGGAAAAUAGUGACCCUGACGGCUAAUAAGAAACCACUUUUCUUGAAACUGCAAUUCAAUGGUGAUGUGGCUAGCGAUGUAUUACGAGAUAGAUUGACUAAAUCAAUAAAGAGAACGUUUAAUGCUGCCAACCUCUGCCUAUCGUAUUCGACCCGAUCGAUGGUGAUUCCGCAAUUGAAGGAUAAGUUACCUGGUUAUGCCACUUCUAUGUGUAUCUACGAAUUCAGCUGCUCCUGUGGAGAAAGCUAUAUCGGGCGCACUACCAGGCAA